GACAGGCAGAAUGGCUACCCAGUGCCGUAGCUCUAAAUGCACGGCAGAGAGGAAAGGAUUCCGGCGGGAACUCGAUUCCUGGCGGCACAAAUUGGUCCACUGUGUUGGGUUUGAAAGCAUAUUAGAGGGGAUCUAUGGACCACGGCUACUGCGAGAUCUCAGCAUAUUUGAUGACUGUGAACCCGAUGCAGUCAGCGACUGGUCAGUGGAUGCCAGCUGUUCCUUCUGCAAUCUCCAGUUAGAGAAACUCAGUGACCACAUCCCCACUGUCAGCUCACCUCAGUCUACUCCAACAGAAGAAUCUCCUCCUCAGGGCCAGUCAAACACUGAGAAUAUCGAAUGCCAAGCUGACAGAUUCCUCCAUGCAAUCUUUCGAAAGAAAGACCUUCCUCAGAGCUGUGAUCCGAACAUUCCCUUAGUUGCUCAGGAAUUAAUGAAGAAGAUGAUCCACCAGUUUGCCGUUGAAUACGCUUCAAAAAGUCAGAUCGAAGGAGCGGAAAACCUCACGUCCAGCAGCCCCCCUCUCCCCCCGGAUCAGGACAGCCCCCUCGACCUCACUGUGAACAGGAACCAACCCAAUGUUGAACAAGAUGGGGUGCUUGAUCUCUCCAAAAAGAAUUGUGCCAGUUCUGCAUUGUCAACUUCAUCUAAUCAAAAAGCAUCAGGCUCCCUGGAGCCAGCUGGCGAUGUCCCCUUGGAUGCAAGGGAAGAAAAGUUUGAAGCGAGAAGUUCCACACUGGAAACCGUUCUUUCUACAUUGUGCCCAUACCACAAGACUUUGCUGUAUCAGAUCCUGAAGAGUAUGCGUGAAUAUUACAGCGCCUCCGCACAUAGACACAAAAAUGCCAACGGACUCUUUGCACAAACGGACAAUCCAUUGUGUUGCCAUUUGUCGAGUAAGCUGCACCAGGACAUGUGCAGUUUUGGUGACUACAAAACAUCUAACGGGUGCUAUGUACAGGCCUGUCGUGUAAAUGCCUUCCCUGUAACCCCAGUCUGCAUCUGUCUGAAGAGCUUGCAUUGUUUGUCAUGUCAAACCAUGGCUAUCGGCUGCAUUAACAGUGUAGUUGGCCCCAGCUCCUGUGGUUGCUUCCCUAAUCAUCAAAGGCUUUCAUGUUCUUGCCAGAACUACAUUGAUGGUGCAUAUAUCACUCCAGUUGGAAAUGUAGCGAGUGCCCCAUUCAGUCCUCAGAAAGUCCGUGAUUCAUGCCAUUCUUGUGCCAAGGGGUGCAGUCCCUCCCCACCGCCACUUUCGCCGAUACCAUCUGAUGUCCGUGGGAAAAUCAGCGACAAGACAUUUGUGUGCUCUUUUGUGGAUGGCAAGACUUGCAGUAACCAGCCUCCAUCUCUUUUUCCAUUUGAAGAGGAGGGUGAUGCACUUUUUCAGAAAGACUGUUUGGAUAAAGGAAAUGAUGUAAGCGAUGAAGAACCUAAAAGCCAGAAAGAUAAUGAAGAGGGCACUGUCUGUAGCACAGAAUCCAGUAGGUGUCUGAAAGAAAGACAGAGUGGAACUAUCAUCCAAGAUCUUAUGGAGCGUGUCAACGAGAAGCUAAAGAAGAUUGAACCACUGGAGAUGCAGCAGAAUGUAAGUACCACUGUCAACAAAAGCUUGGAGUGCAUAGAUGAUGUCCAUUUAGGGAAAAUAAUAACUACAGUUUUACAUAAUGGCAAUGACCAUGAUUACACCAUAAAAGAGCUUCCUUGCCAGCCCGAGGCAAUUGUUGAGAACGAACCUAUUCAGACACGUUUCUCAAGGAGUCAAAUGACCACACAGCAUAACUUGUGCCUGGACUUUCCCUCGUCGUCUUGUCAAAGUGUAGAAGGGAAAAACUAUCUUCCUGAACUUAGUCAAUCACUCUGGAGCGGAAAGGAGACUUUGGAGGAAAGUAGAAAUCCAAAUGCAGGAAUUAAGGAAGACGCAAAUUCCUCUGACUUCCAGCUCACUUCUGAUGCGUCAGAUAUGGAGGGUGCUUCUGAAGAUGGAAUUACUACAGACAUUUGUGACAAUCAAAUCUCUAAAGGAGUCAACACUGAGCUGCCUCUUUGCACAUCUGACAAUAAGGGAGAUUCACAGAAAAUAGAAGACAGUGCCACAGAGGACUGUGCAAUAUCUAUGAAAGGGCUGCCUCUUGGAAGUCAUGGACCUGAAAAGCAGGUUUUCCCUCCUCAGUCAAAGGAUUGUAGUGAUUUAGCCAGAUCCAGAAGAAACAUAGUUCCUCCGCAAAGAUUCUCCUCUUAUGUUACAGAACCCAGAAAGAUGUACUUUGCUGCCUGUUUUUCAGAAAGCAUUUUCAUUCGAAGAGCAUCCAAAGAUAAGGUUCUGAAGGGCGCAGACAGUGACAAUUCUUCCCCAGAAAUGGAAAGAAACAAGUCCUCCACAGAACCAGUUGUUCGGGAACCCUCCAAUGCUGCAUCUAAUAUUGAAAUGCUGGAUGAAGACGAGCAAGACUGUGACAAACCAAACAAGAUUAAACAAGUGACGACUACAUCAAGAACAAGAAGUCAGUCCAUUGCAGCAGGGGUAAAGGCUGUUGAAGACAACAGGACUAUACGGAGAUCGCCAAGAACAAAGCAACAUGAGGUUUCCAGAUCACAUGCAAGGUCGAAGUCUUCUGAUACUCACAGAGAUGACCAUGACUCCUGCUUGCAAAGAGACAAUCCGCCAGAAAGUACUCACGCUAAUGAAAGUGAAUCCGUUUCCAGUACUGUUCCACAGUACACGAGUCCCAUUCGCCUGAUGUUUGUUUCCCCUGUAGUAUGUGAGAAUGGCAUCCGGUACACUCUCAGGUCUGCCGUUUCUGGAUCCACUGCUGAGGGGGAGACAUUCGAUCCCUGCGAGGAGUCGUCGUGGGGCGGAUCAAUAAAUACUUCCAUCAAAGAGAUGGAACCUCUAGCAUCCUGCGUUAUUCUGGAUGAGAAAAGCUUACAAAAGGGGGAGGAUGCCACUGAUGCAUCGAGACCUGAUCCUUUAAAUGGGAAAGAGGUAAAUGGGAAAGAGACCAAUCCCAUAGUUCCUGAAAUUCCUUCAUCUCCUCUGAAAAGAAAGCCUGGCCGCCCCAAGAAACUUGGUCCACAAAUUGAAAAGCGGGCAAAGAGGCCAAUAGGUAGACCACCAAAACACAAAGAUAAGAAUUCAAAGUCUGAUGACAAGGGAAACACUGAGAAUAUAAAUAACCCUGCAGUUUCGUGUGAAGAGAAGGAUGAAAGAACCAACAAAAACCUCAAAAUCACUGUAGUAUAUGGAAGAUCAAGGCGAAUAAAGAGACUUGUGUCUGAAGAUGAUGGGAAUUUAAUAAAAGACCAACAAACUGAACACCAAGAUGAUGGCAGACAGAAAUGUGACCUAAAUGGUAAUGUGCUAGCAUUAAGCACAAAUGACAACACUUCUGAAAAAUUACCAGAAGGACAGGCCAAAAAUUUAAAUUUUGUUGGUCCUAUGAAAGACCGAAAAUGUGUGCCAAGCAGUGAGCUCAAAUGUCAGAAACAGAACCGUUCUGUUGCAAUGAGAAAGCCAGGGAGACCUCCAAAGGUUAAGAUUUCAGGUAUCUCUGUGACCGUUACCACAGUGUCCCCAAAGCAACGAAAGAUUCGUAUCAACAAUGAAGUCACGGAAUCGGGCGGAGAGCGGCCUCAACAGGAAAAGGCCAUUAUCUUGGAUGAUAAACCCUCCAAAGAGCAGACGACAAUCAGUUCUGAUGCCACUCCUGAAGAAACAACGCAAAAUGUGGAAGAUAAAAGGAUGAGCAAAAAGACACCUGCAGUAGCCCUAAGACAUUCCGCAAGAGAAAGGAGGCCUUCAAUUCAUUUCCUGCACUCAGUUGCUACAUCCAGGAUGUUUAGUCACAGCAAUGCACUGUUACGUCGAUCUAAAAAACUACUGUUAAACAAGGCGAGCAGUGAGCCAAACCAGACAAAGAGCCUGGAGAAGUCAACUGAACCCCCAGUAAUUCCAGAAAGGGCUUCAAGACCUCGACGAGGGCAAAAUUUAAGCUUUUUGUCCGGAAUCUCAGCAGAUUCGAUUUUUACAUCAAACGAGGCUAUAAAAUGGUGGCCUACCUCUGCUUCAUAUGAAACGCUGAAUGAGGAAUUGAGCAGGAGAAUUCAACUCAUGUCAGAUACUUGGAUUGCAGAUGCUGUGGAAUCAAGCAAGUCAUGCCCCUCAAAAAUGGAAACUGAUCUCGGCGAAAGAACGUGCUCGGCUGUGAAUGACCUUCCAAAGAACUCAGUUUCUGCUGUCAAAAUGCUGUUUCAAAAGCACUGUAAUAUGGAGGAUCUGUGUGCGUGGUUCAUGCAGACCACUGAGACCCAGUCACUGGCAAUAGUAAGAAAGUCGAGUGCGCGGAAUCCGUACGAAAUCAUCCAGUUUAAUCCCUACAGAAUUAGUAAAAGGAGUAAUGUUUGCCCGAGUCCUCAGGCAGAGCGUUUGAGGAAGCAUGUUAAAAAAUUUGCAAAGAUAGUCCCAAAGAGUCCGGUGAUGCACCUUCUAGCACAAGAGAGGAUUAGCAGUAGUGGGAGACUGCAUGUCAAGAGACAGCUCUUUCCCAGGAGAUCAAGUGCUAUUGCUGGGAUGGUUCAUAAAUGCAAUUUGUGGUCCAGAGGCAAGCCCUUCAGUAAAUAUCAAAGCACUCUGCUAAGAUUGAAAUCAAAGUUCAAGACCAGAAAGAGGUUGUCAAAGGGCAUGAAAAGGGAGUCUGACAGAGUAGAUGGAGCUUCCUCUGGCGUCUCAGGUACAAAUGCUGACACUCCUGCAAAAGAUUCCCAGCUCCAAGUACGCCAUUCGUCAUUAUCUGUGGACACUCUGAAUUCAUAUGUCAUUGGAGAAAGAGAAUCAACAGUCCAGGGUCAGAACUCCAAGGGAGCAACUUGUGUUGAGAGGGAAGCCAGAGUCUGUUCAAAAGAAUGGAGCCCAGGAACAAUGAGGGAAUGUAGGGUAUUUCUCAAAAAGAUUAACUCCCCAGAGACAAAAUCCACAGUUGAAGAUUGUAACUUGUGUACCGUUCAACUCUGUGACAUUUCUUCUGAGUAUAGCUUGCCUGCGAGCACAUGCCACAGAGAAGAUCAAACUGAGCCAGAGAAACCUGAGAAUGUGAGCAGUGAAAGAAUACGGAGAACUACUAGAAAGAUGUCCUCGCAGUACCCCAAAGAACUGUGGGUUCAGACCAUGGAAAGGAGAGGAAAACGGAAAAGCAAUGACACAAGCGAGGCACAACCUGCAAAAAAAGACAAGACAAUCUGAAUGGAAGAUCCAUUGGAAGGAAAUUGUCAUUCUGUGCUAGGUAAUUAGAAUGCUAUUUCAGUAAUUCUACCACUUAUAACUUGUGGACAUUUUUCUUGGCACUGGUUCCUUUCUCUCACACACACAAAUUGUUGCAGGAAGCAUCAAACAAAUUGUAUUGCCUCUCUCGAUGAGGAAUGUUCUGCAAGAUGAUCCAAGUUUGAAUACGACGUGCCUUCAAAUUGUCAGCAGAAAAAACUGACAGUAGAAUCUCAGUAAGCGUCAUGUAGCAUAAAUCUAAUGGUAACGUAAGGUUGCACUAUUCUGUAAUGUUUUUGUUUUUCAUUUUGUUUGUAAGAUAGUUAUUGCUAAACAUGUUACUUUUCCAUUAAGAUACCACAAAGCAGCAACAUUUGAAGUAUUCUUCAAAAGUAUUCCCCUACAUUUUUGUUUUUAAAGAAUGGGCAUAUUUCAUAAAGGUAAAAUGUAUCGUUGACAUACUUCUGGCAUACCUCAGGUUCUUAAACUAUUUGCUCUCAAUUAUGUAGCAUUAUGGAGGACAAGCCAGUAAGCAUAAACGCAGCGGAACCAUAAAAAUAGUUCUGCUGGACUUUGAAAUGUACCAAUAUGUUCUGCAUUCAAUCUGACCAAAAUAGUCCAAGGCCAACCUUUUGAGUACAUGCAUUGCGUGGCAUGGUACAAUCAAUAAGUUCUCAUUUCCUUUUUCUCAUAUGAAGCAUUAUUAAUUGAAUUCUUUAAAACUGUUGCCAGCUGACCUUUGUGGAUAUUUUUAACCCCUUCCAAAGCAUUAGUGUAUUCUGAAAUAUUGAAUACGAAUACUUUCUGCACUAUUCAAAUUCAAGAUUAACCUCUAGUUCUCACUACCACUCAUGUAGUGUCCAAUAUGUUAUAGGUGCAAUAUCUUGAGUUUUUUUUUAAGCCAGAUGUAAAUAUCAUUUGUACCAUUUUUAUUAAAGAUUAUAGCAUUCAUUUUUAUGAAGCCAAUUACACUUUACUAAAUACUAUUGCUGUGCUGUUUUUGCUUUAUGAAUACUACAGUUGGUUAUUCCACCCAUUCUCUUUGUUGCAGUAUAAUAACCCACCUCUUAAAAUGUCAUCCAAAAACCAUGAAGAAAUUGGUUUCCAAAAUGAAAAUGGUAAAAAUGUGGAUGUAGCGUGUCUGUUAGGUGACCAUACUGUAAUUAGAUGGUCCUCUUUAAUGUUACUUGGGGAUUUCUAAACUGAUCAGAUGAAAAAUAAAAUGGGGAACAUCAAGUACUGUAGAUCUGGGGUUCAGUGUUCAGAAUUGGCUAAAUGAUCUUGUCAGUCAUCAUCAAUCCGUCUUCAUUUACUUGCAUCAGUGUAGAUAAUGGAUAAAAAAAACUGAUGGAAGAUGACUCCUUUCAUCUCUACGAUUUAGUGACUUGCUUUGAGAUUUUUGUUGCCAUACAUUUUUGUUAUUGUUCCUAAAUGUCCAUAGUUCUUUAACUCCCACACUAUUGGUUUACCUUUUCACUUUACUGUUUACACUGCUCACUCAUUUUCUCAGUUUGAUUACUGCCUUUUGUUUAAUCGCUGUACAUAUUACCAGCCAAAAGUCCCCAUUUGCCCUUCCAAGGUAUUGACUUAAUAUACUGCCCUCCAUAGGACACUAGCUGCACAUUAUAUCAACCUGCAAUAUCCGUUCUUAAAAUUUGACUAAGGUAUCGCAUUUUUUUUUCUAGCAAUCAACUUUUGUGUAAAUGUUGUGGCUUAGAUUAUUAUUUUUUCUUCUGUAUAUGGUAACCAUCCAAAGCAUUUAUAUAUUUGCACGGUUAGGAUAAAUCCUGCAUAUUCCAAUUUACAAUAAUUUUAUUAAUGGUUCCCUGCAGCCUAUCUAUGCCAGGUGGCCGAAUCUUCAGUCCUGGAGUGCCACAAUUUAUGUUCCAUCUGAGUUCUUCAGCACACUGAUUAGACUAUCAUGUGCUGCAGACAGUCCAACUGUCUUUAAUUAUCGUGUAUCAUUGUGUACAUACAUUUAGGGCCUGGGCGGAGAUGAGUGAUCACAUACACAUUAGUUUGAUUUUAGGAAGAAUCAGGAAGUCCACAUUGGCUAGCAAACCAUUAGGAUUGUGUAUGCAAUGUUCAGUUACGGACCAUUAUUCGUCCAGUGUAUGAACCCCAUAAAAAUGCAUUCACUUCCUCCCGUUUCUGAAUUUGUGUGGCGGACCACUUUGCAUGUAUAUUUGACAUUGGCCUUGAGACUGCAGAUUUCCUCACAUGGAAAUACCUGUAAAAUGUACAUCUAUAAAUGGGAUGACCAAGUCGUCAAAAUCGGAUUAGUUUCUGUCCUAUGCCAACAUGAUCUUCUGCAAGAGUGAAGCCAGUCUUUAGAGUUUGUGCAUUGAACAUUUUGACGCAGUCCAUUUGAGCCACUGUAUAUAUUCACUUUGCUUGAGGUUUCAAGGCAAGGCUGCAACACAAAUGCAAUCACAACAGUACAAUCAUUUUGGGGGAAAUCAAAUACUUUUAAAUUCAGCUUUGUGCAAAAUUCAUAGGGGGAUACACAUUUCAUUUCAAACCGCCUUCAUUAUUAUUAUUAUUAUUAUUAUUAUUAUUAUUGUGCCAUGCAACUUGGCAAAGGGGGUUAUUUAAGACUCACUGUCACUGGAUGCCAGGAGUUUAAAUGGUGCUACAUGUGGUGGUUAUUUUCUACUUGCCUUUACAGAAAAGCUUGUAACAAAGGCUUAGUGUCACUAGAACAAUAAACGUUUUGCUCAUAAGCUGAAAAUGGUUGCCUUUUUGUCAAGGUAAUGGAGUAAACAUUCACAUUAAAAACAUUCCUUUAUUGAGUGAGACGAGUAAAAGG